AUGAAGGUUUCAAGUAUCAUCGCGUGCCUUUGCGCAUCCUCAGUGGCUUCAAAGCCGCCACAGUUUCACAAUUCGGCAAAUCACCCCGGCGCCGAUCCUUAUGUGAUGUGGGACUACAAAACAAAUCAAUAUUAUGCCUAUUCUACAGAGGGAGCAGAUCCAGGAAGUCUCUUCGCCAUUUACAGCAGUCCUGAUCUGUCAACUUGGCACAAAUAUCCCGGUGGCGUUCUGAAAGCGUGCUACGAUGAUGACAUGAACCCCAUCGAAGGUGGCCAGGCCUGUUGGGCGCGUGACUGGUACUGGGCUCCCGAGAUAUACUACAAUGAGCAAACCGGGUGGUACUUUUUCUUCUUCGCCGGCCGGUUACGGGAGGACUUGACCAAGGAUUACUUCCGAUACUCGGACUUUGAAGAGCCGUCCAAGAUUGGCGUGGCUGUCUCUCGUUAUCCGACGGGACCGUUUAGGGAAAUUGAGCCUAAGCCGAUUGAAUACUACCCGUUCGAUCCCGACUAUCACGAUGUCAACCUCAUUAUGGACGAGAAGCAGAUGCUGCCACCGCAGAGCCUUGCAGAGGGUCAGGCAGCGCCGAAGGGAACAUAUAUCCCCACCAUUGAUGUCAAUAUCUUCUUUGACACGGAUAAGCGCAUUUAUCUGUAUCUCUCACGGAAUGCGUACCGAAACUGGAAUUGGGAUAGAAAGCUGGGCAAGUACAUCGAGGAGUCGAAUAUCAUCGUGGUCGAGAUGGAACGCGCUUGGUGGGACGAUCCAAAUGCAUUAACCAUGCCACAAAUCAUCGCCACGCAAAGGAACUUUCAUGCUCCGAAUGCUCCAAAACUUCCCUCUAACAUCACCGCUUACAACGGCACUGGUGAGAUCGGAUCACCACCUCGCAAAGACGGCUGGAAGACUGUAAUUUCCUACGGCGCUGAUCCGCAAGAUUGGGAGAACUUCCAUGUUGACGACUAUCGACGGUUCAAUGGCACGAAGAAAGAUCGUCGUUGGGCUGAAGGGAGCACUAUCAUCACGAGACCUGGCAAACAUGAUGCAAAACCUGUUUAUCUUCUAUUAUACAGCGCCAAUAACUACGAAGCAUCAAACUACGGUGUCGGCUUCGCAACUGCAAAAUCUCCAUUUGGCCCAUUCCGAAAAUCUGCCAACAAUCCUAUCCUUUCGCAAGACUCUGAUAGCGAGAUUCCAAUCUACUCAACUGGCCAUGGUAGCAUCGUUGCUUCACCUGGUAAGAAUAGCAAGAUAAUCGGUGCUCAGGAGGUUACGCAUCGAACACCUAUCGGUUCUGAGCUGUUUUAUGUGCACCAUGCCCGCAACAGCACGGACCGUGAUCGUUCCAUUUACACAACUCGAUUGCAUCUCAAUCCAAGUGCUGUUGACUUUGGAAGUAAGGAUGCUUUACGCAUGAGUCUUACACCACUUGAUCAGCCUUUGCCAAAGAACACGUAUCCCAUCAAGAUGUUCGCAAAAUGCUCUAUUUUGCACUUUUUGAACAACAAGAGAGGGCAUGAAUAUCACGUUCGUGUUGAAACCAAGCGAUGUGCACCUUUUGAUAUUCGUGAACGAACGAAUAGGGUUGUUGCACUGCCUGGAGAUAAAGCUCCAACGUCUGUGACAGCUGAUGGGCAUGAUGGUUCGUUUUUCCUGUCUUUUGAUAACAAGGUUGUGAAAGAAUUGGCUUACCAGCGCCUAAAUGUUGAUGGAUCUUGGACAACAAUCACAAAGAGCACAAUUACCUGCAGAUAG